GCUAAGCCCAAGUAUGAUAAUCACAAUAAUAAUGACAUAAAUAUGUUUCGUGUGUGAAAACAGCAACUUCAAUAUAUGCCUGCUCAUUAGAAGAAGUGAAUCUGUUAAUAAUAUAAUUAUUACUACGUAUAAUUAUUGGGAGCAGUGAUUUGCUGCUGCAAAAGAAUUAGUGAAAGGUCUGUAAUGAAUGGGUGGCGCUUAAAACGAAACGACAUCAUUCAUUCUUCUUCUUCAUCCAUUCCGUUGUCCGUACCCAUGGCUUCCAACUUUCUGACAUCAUUAGUCUGCCUCUCCAUUCAUUCCUUAAUUAUUGUUUAUAUAUAGUACGUACGGUUUACUCUCCUUAAAACUCAAAAGUUAAAUCAGUUUUUCCCUUCACCGACCUUUGCUUUUGCUACAGAUACACGUUCUGUUUUAUUCUUGACUUCUCGUCAACCUGAGUGGAGGUCCUUUUCAAGUCACACUUUCCUUUUAUAAGAACACUUUAUUUUGGAAGAAUGGAAUUUGCUGCAAAAAAGAAGAAGAACCCAGAGAAGAAAGUCAAAGGGCAGGGCUUGAUUAAUGCAGUUUUUUCUUGGUCUUUAGAACAUGUGAUGAACCAAUCUUUGUACAGAGAUAAGGUUAAAGAAAUUCCGGAAACGUUCUUGACAGAAAAUGAUUACCUGAACUCAUUUAUAUAUCCUCUUCUCGAAGAAAUGCGUGCUGAUUUGUGCUCAAACAUGAAAAGCUCACUACACAAUGCUCCGGCUUGUGAGGUAAAAAAACUACAAAAAUCAAAGGGUUUUAACCCUCCAAAGCAGCUGUUCUACAAAGUUAUGUUAAAGAGAAGUAGAGAGGGUAACGAUAUGCGUGUACUGCCGUACAAACCAGAGUCUGGUGAUCUAAUUGCUCUCUCUGAUGUGAGACCAAGGCGCAUUGAGGACCUGAACAGACCAAAGUUGUCCUAUCUCAUAGCUGUUGCGCAAGCAAAGGAAGAGGAUGAUGAAUCUGAUUGGUUUCCCAUUUUGUCAUCAAAGCCCAUUGAAUUCCUUAAAUCUUUUGAGGAGGAUAGACGAAAAGGAAGCAAGCUUUUUAUUGUUUACCUUACUAAUCUGACAACGAAUAUUCGCAUAUGGAAUUCCCUGAAUGUCAACCCGGCGAAUACAAACAUGAACAUUAUAGGAACAGUGCUGCAUAAGGGUCCAAAUGAUGGAGGAGUUUGUGCUUUUUGUACCCAAAAAGGCAGCAAUGAAGAUGCUAUACUGUUGAAGGCUAAGGGAGACAUUCAGUCAUUUGGCUUAGAUAAAUCUCAGGAAGAAGCUAUUUUGAACUGUGUUAAAGCAAAACAAUGUUCUCACCAAAGUAGUGUAAAGCUAAUAUGGGGUCCACCCGGGACUGGGAAAACAAAGACGGUUGCGUCCUUGCUAUCUGUCCUUUACAACAUGAAAUGCAGAACCUUGACUUGUGCGCCAACUAACAUCGCAGUCAUAGGAGUUGCAAAGCGCUUAAUGCAACUGAUAAGGGAAUUUAGUCUUCAACAUGAUAGUUGUUAUGGUUUAGGAGACAUUGUCGUGUUUGGUAAUGGCGAAAGAAUGAAAAUUGAAGAUCAUGAAGACCUGUGGGAUGUGUUUCUGUCUUAUCGUGUCGAUGCCCUUGCUAGCUGUAUCACACCUUCUGUGGGAUGGCAAUCUAGCUUGAUAAGGAUGAUCAGUUUGCUGGAAGAGCCUGAAGAGGCAUAUACAAAGUACUUGCAAACAGAAAUGCAGAAUGAAGUGGAUCAUGGUGAUGAUGAGGGGAAGCUAAUGGAGGAACGAGGAAUGGUAAGCUUUAGCCGGGAGAUGAGAAAUAAAGACUCAAAAACCCCAAAGUUAAACAAGAAUCUGAAGAACUUCAUUAUUCAGACAGUGAAUGAAAACAAGAAGAAAAAGGUGACCAAAGCCAAGUCUUCUCGCAAAAAAAAGGCUUUCGGGACUGAUGAUAAAGUAGUGACAAAGCAGGCUUUAAAGUUUUGGACUUUUGAGGAAUUCUUUUUUAAAACUUAUAAAUCAUUGGCUGAGCAAUUAGAGUUCUGUGUGGAAACCUUUUGCACUCAUUUGCCCACAUCGUACAUCAGUUUGGAAGUAGUAAAGAAGAUGAUUGGUGCACUUGAUUCCCUUCAAUCUCUUGGAGCAUUGUUGACGAUUGCUAAUAGCCAUGGUGAACUUAAAGAUUGGCUCAAGGGGACUGGAGCUUCUUCUUGUAGUCUUAAGUGGAAAUAUCACUUUAAUUCAUUGCAGUCAACAAAAUCUCGAUGUAUCAUUCUUUUAAAAUCACUUCGUGGCAGCAUUAAGCUGCCAAAUUUUUAUGGAAAGCAUCAAAUUCGGGAUUUUUGUCUUAAAAAAUCACUCUUGGUUUUCUGUACUGCCUCAAGCUCAUCCAAACUGUGCAGUAUUAUAUCUGGCAGUGAUGAUGUUGUUCCAAUAGAACUGUUGCUGGUUGAUGAGGCAGCUCAGCUUAAGGAGUGCGAAUCCACUAUACCUUUGCAGCUAUCUGGCCUGCGCCAUGCCAUACUCAUUGGAGAUGAGAAGCAACUGCCGGCGAUGGUCCAGAGCAAGAUAUGUGAGAAGGCUGAGUUUGGUAGAAGUUUGUUUGAGAGGCUGGUUAAGUUAGGCCACAAGAAGUACCUGCUUAACAUUCAAUACCGAAUGCAUCCCUCUAUUAGUUUGUUCCCAAACAUGAAAUUCUAUGAGAAGAAGGUGAUUAAUGGCACUAAUGUAACAAAGGCAGGAUACGAGAAGCGGUUUCUCAAAGGAGAAAUGUUUGGACCGUUUUCUUUCAUCAACAUAAGAGGAAGCGAAGACCGUGAUGAAAGCUGCAGCACUAGAAACAAGGCAGAAGUUUUUGCUGUAGCCGAGAUCAUUGCUAUGCUCUACAAAGAAUUUCUUUCCUCAAAACAAAGAGUUCGCGUAGGGUGCAUAUCACCGUACAAGGCGCAGGUGUUUGCCAUCCAACAAAAACUUGGCAGAAAAUACAGCACCGAUGUUGACAGCCGCUUCUCAGUGAAUGUGAGAUCGGUAGAUGGUUUUCAAGGAGGAGAGGAAGAUGUUAUCAUCUUCUCCACUGUGCGGUCCAAUGGUGGUGGAUCAGUCGGCUUCUUGUCCAACUUCCAGCGUACGAAUGUUGCUCUAACUCGAGCUAGAUAUUGCCUAUGGGUAUUGGGAAAUAGCUCAACCAUGAUCAAUAGUGGUUCUGUUUGGAGGGACUUGGUGGUAAACUCUAAGGCUAGGGGGUGCUACUAUGAUGCCUGCAAUAACACAAACUUGGCAAAAGCAAUUGCAGAUGCAUCCUUUUAUGACUUAUCAAGCAAAUUCUCAGCAAUGAGUCUAGGCCAAAGCCUUAUUCCUGAAGGAAAUAGGAAGAUUUUCCAGAAGAAUAAAGCUCGGUUUUCUGAAGGACGUUGAAGCGGUCAAUGAUUCUUAUGAAGAUGGAGAGGUUGAUUGGUUGAAGAUAAAGCAAUGAAGAUUUGCUGCCUCUGGCCCAACUUUAUUAACCGUGACAGACAUUCUGUUUGUAAAGAUCAAAACUUGGGUUAUAUGGGGUCAAAUUCUAAUAUUAUUGCCCUCAAGUAUGAACACUGCAUGUGAACUAUGAAGCCACUUUUGUACUGGUUAUAAACGAAAAGAUUAAAUUGACCAAGAUUUCUAUAUCCUCUCAGUUUGGAUUAAUUACCUACUAGACUCAUCUAGUCUAUUCUUUCUUAC